UUCUUUUUAGUUGUUCUUUCUGGAAGUAAAGCAGCUCUUCCCGACGUAGGGAGCUGUACAUUCAUGGAGUAUUACUGUGCGGCUCGUAAAUGCAACACCGAUUUCAUUAAAGGACUUCAGAGAGAUCCUAAUGGAACUUGCAGGUACAGUAUUAAGGUUGUUUCGGAAAGAAUGUCACAAUUACGUUUUUUUUCGGUGUCUUGUACAGUGGUUAUCGCAGAUUCGAUCGUUCCCCACAAUAACACAUUAGGGCACUUAAGCAACUACGACGACCACCACAACGACGACUUCAAAAAACAAUAGGUUUAAUGAUCAAAACAACAGCUCUGCACGUGCAUCAUGCUUUUUAGUACAUUUCUUUCACGUCCACUGCACGACUACGACGUGAAACCUCCUAAUUUGCCGUUUUAUGGAGGACGUGGACAUGCGACGACGAAUUUUCCUUUCUCUUUUUGAACCUGAAUAAAAUCAUUAAGAAUUCAACUCCAGGAAAAGUUGCCUGUAUUUGACAUAUUGAGCGGGUCCAAUUAGACGCGAUUAAGUUUGAAAGAACGCUAAUUCAUUUUUUUUGCCGACCUUUUCACUGCUGUCGUCGUCGUCCUUGCUUAAGUUCCCUGUUGUACCCAGAGUCGUCGAUGUUUAAUCCUUAGCGAACUUUUUGCUGUCAAGUUGUUAUUGUAUCGAUCGCUUUAAUUUGGUUUAAGUCAGACCACGCUUUAUGGGCUUCAGCUUUAUGCGGACACCUCAUUAUUACGAACAGUUUUCGUUGUCGCUGCGGAAAGCCCCUUCAUUAUUUCCUAAAGUCAACCCUUUCAAUACGGACACCCUGUUAAUAUGAAAAUUGAUCGGGCUAUAGAAAGUGUCCAUAUAAAAGAAAGUGUCAGACCACCCUUUAUCCAUUUUUAUCCAUUCUGCCUAGAUGGUGAAUGACCAUACCACGCACAUAUAACUCGGCUCAGUAGGAGAAAAAGUUCGAAACUGGGAGUAUUUGGUGUUUGUCUUAAGGUGAUGUUACACGAGACGAUUUGCAGCGACGAUUUUUAGCGCAAUGCAGCGUGGCAACAUUGCUGCGACAUUGUUUCGAAUGGUUACAACAUUGUUCCAACAUUGCCAAGUUGUGUUGGGUUGAAAAUCGUCGUUGUAAAUCGUCUCGUGUAACAUCAUCUUUAGCGUGAGUUGACUGUAGGCCAAUUCACAGUGCUUAUAUUACCUCACCAAUACUUGUUAUUUUAUCAUCUGUUGCUUAAUAUUAUUCAUUAACUAUGAACUUACAUGUAGUAAUGGUAAAUUUUCCAUGUUGAAUUCUCAGCGCAAAGUUCUAUGUCCUGACCAGCUGUGCAACCAAGUCGGCUCAGUCUUGUGCCGGAAGUGUACUGUCUAAAAGUCAGAUCGACAAUAUUAUCCGCGAGAGCUAUAAAGAAAAUAUCAUGUGUCUUGAAGGUGGAAACGCGAUUCCAACCAUGCCGACGAUUGGCUCGCCAUGUGCGCCAUCGUUCAGCACUGAUGCAGACAACUGUUUGAGAACCUUUCAUGAAAAGUUUGCUGCAAACAAGGCGGACCCGGAUCUGUGCUCGUGAGUUAAAUCUUUGAUUGCAUCUAUCGUAUUCCUAAGCUAUUGGCAACCAACGCUCUAAAUCUAGUGCUUCUUGAUGCAGUUACUAACCCCACCCUCGCCUCCUCUCUUUCUCUCUCCUUCUCUCCCCCAACCACACACACAUACACACACCCUUCUACUUUGUUCCGCCUCUACUUCAAUCUUAAUAAUUGGACAUUGUGAUUGCCCUUUUUUCAAUUUCAACAGGGAAAAUGCCAAAGCAAAGAAGUGCAUGAAGAAUCUCAUAGCGUCGGCUUGUACCUUACCGUCUACUGUACAAGAAAUGUUAGAUUUGGCCUUUAGUGACUACAAUCCUUUCUGCAAGGACAAUCGAGACCCGGGGGCGAUUGGUAAUGACCAGUGUUACGGUUACAGCGGCAGUCCUGCAACCGCUGUGAUGAAUAUGGGCGUUGCAAAGGCUCUGCUGUUUUAUUUCCUGUUUCUGUUUUUCUUUGUUUAG